AUGUUUACCGCCGACUUCAGCCAAGUCAACAUUCUCCGCUCUUUGACGGACAUACUCCUGGAGGAUUGUCAGUGGUACCUCGGCUAUGUGCAUGUGUUUUUCUUGGACAAAAACGGCCGAUUAAAACCGUUGGUGGAUCCGGCCAACUUCGAUAUUGAUGUAGGUAAAAUACGACCAUUUUGGAAAUGUGUUUAAUUUUUUUGCCUCUAAAUUUCUACUAGAGGGCUUGAAAAUUGGUUUUACAUUAUUUUCAACACAAAUAUUUUUGAUUUUAAACUCUAAAAUACGAGUUUUUGGAUUUUGUUUUUCAUCCCUAAUUUUUUGUUUUUUUGUUCACUGCUUUUACAGCUUUUUUAUCCAUAAAUUACGUUUUUUCCCGGAUUUACGCUUUUCAUCCCUAAUUUUUACGUUUUUCAUCCAUAACUCCCCAAACCAUCAUGUUUUUUUUGCGAAAUUGCUUUGAAAAAACCUGAGGCACCCUAGAAGACUACAUCGCCUUAAUGCGCACCAGAAAUUAUGUUUUUUUCACCUUUAAUUUUUAUAUUUCCCCCAAAUUCACUUUUUUAUCCAUAAUUUUUACGUUUUCUCUCCAUAACUCUGUAUUUUCCAGUUCGACAACUACAAAUACAACGAAAACGAGACGGCGAACGCCUUUUUGACCGGAAUCCUUCGAGCCAUCCAGAAAAUGCCGAAUGCCGAAGAGGGGAGUGGCCGGUAUAUUUUUGGGAUGACCAACUUUAAUCAAACUAUUGGUAAGUAAAUCGGCAAUUACUGUAUUACUUUCUAUUCAAUUGUUUUGAAACAUGGCACAUCUAUUGACAAUAUCAUGAAUCCAAGUCACUGAAGUUUUCAAGUGCCUUUCAAUUUUAGUCAUCAAAAGUGGGCGGAGCCAAAAAAUUUUAACUUCGAUUUUUAUGCAAUUUUUUUAAAACUUGGCACAUUUAUUGACAACAUCAUGUGUCAUAAUUCCUGUAAUUUUCAAGUGUUCAGCUGUAAGGGCCGCUGAGAUAUUCACCUUUCAAUUUUAAUCAUCAAAAGUGGGCGGAGCCAACAAAAAUUUUAAUUCUUCUUUAAAAGACGAUUUCUGAGUCAGUGAAGCAAGCCGUGACAUAGGAUUUUUUCGAAGUUGAGUUUUUUGCAUAAAUAUGAUCCACAGCACCAGUAGGGAAAAAGCGAACCACAGUUUUCCUCAAUUCUUCCAUUAACUGUACUUUUAAUACAAUUUUCUGUUUAUACAGUAAUUCGUCAUAACUUUCUACAAUGGUGUCCGUUUGUCAUAAAAAUAAGGCUACUAUGGUUUUUGGGCAUGACGAGUUCAAUAAAACCAAAAAAAAUUCAUCCGGUUACGGUAACAUAUAAAAAUACUGUAUCGGUCGGUAAAAAUCGACCAUAAAAAGUUUGUUUCAAAAAACCCACAGCCAAUUUUUUCAUAUUCGUAAUCAGCGUAGAAUUCUGCUCUAGGACCAAUUUUAAAAAGUUCAAAAAUAGGACCCCCAUUUUCCGUGGUGCAGUGGUUUUUGACCAGGACUCGUAAUCAGACCACCCAGGUUCGAAUCCGGGUGGGUGCGAAUGUAGAAAAAAGACCUAAAAUCACUUUUAAUGAAAACCUCAGAGUUAUUUGAAGCACGCUGAGCAAUUUUAGGCAUUAAAACUCUCUGAAUUUGGGAUUAAAACGAUUUUUAUGUAAUUUUAGAGGAUUAAUGCAUCAAAAAUAAAACUGCUUCAAACUGGUUGAAAUUGAUAACACUUAUUCUAUGGCUAAUUGUAAGAAACUUUCCUGUUAACUUUUUCUGGUAGAGUGCUGUAUCAUGGAUUACUGUAACAUAAAACUUAUUCUACUUAGCAGAUGUUUUCUUCAAAAUUCUUGGGUAAAUGUUUUUCUUUUUUUGAUUAGAUCUAUUAAAAAGCAAGAAAUCUCAACGCUCCAUAUUUCAAAAAAGAAUUUCCCAUGAUAUAUUGUGCAUCUUGACAUCAUUAUCGAUUGGAAACCUGCGCGUUAUAACGGACGUGUUUCAAGUCCUACGGACAUAGAAAACACAUUUGUGUGAUAAACAACGUGUUCUCAAGCAUUCCUAUCAUAAUUGUGAUACAUUGAAGUCUCUAUGCCCUGUGGCAUACCAAAAACGAAAACGGGUUUAAUGUUACAGUAAUCCAUGAUAUAGCAUUCUACCAAAAAAAGUUAACGGGAAAGUUUCUUACAAUUAGCCAUAGAAUAAGUGUUAUCAAUUUCAACCAGUUUGAAGCAGUUUUAUUUUUGAUGCAUUAAUCCUCUAAAAUUACAUAAAAAUCGUUUUAAUCCCAAAUUCAGAGAGUUUUAAUGCCUAAAAUUGCUCAGCGUGCUUCAAAUAACUCUCAGGUUUUCAUUAAAAGUGAUUUUAGGUCUUUUUUCUACAUUCGCACCCACCCGGAUUCGAACCUGGGUGAUCAGAUUACCAGUUUUGGUCAAAAACCACUACACCACGGAAAAUGGGGGUCCUAUUUUUGAACUUUUUAAAAUUGGUCCUAGAGCAGAAUUUUACGCUGAUUACGAAUAUGAAAAAAUUGGCUGUGGGUUUUUUGAAACAAACUUUUUAUGGUCGAUUUUUACCGACCGAUACAGUAUUUUUAUAUGUUACCGUAACCGGAUGAAUUUUUUUUUGGUUUUAUUGAACUCGUCAUGCCCAAAAACCAUAGUAGCCUUAUUUUUAUGACAAACGGACACCAUUGUAGAAAGUUAUGACGAAUUACUGUAUAAACAGAAAAUUGUAUAAAAAGUACAGUUAAUGGAAGAAUUAAGGAAAACUGUGGUUCGCUUUUUCUCUACAGGUGCCAUGGGUCAUAAUAAUGUAAAAAACUCAACAUCGAAAAAAUCCUAUGUCCUGGCCUAACUACGGCUUGCUUCAAUGACUCAGAAAUCGUCUUUUAAGCAAAUUUUUUGAAACUUGGCACAUUUAGUUCUUAUGUGAUUGUUGUUAACCGCUGAAAAUUCUAAAGCUCUACCUGUAAUGGGCUUUGAGAUAUUCUUUGCAAUUUUAGUUAUCAAAAGUGGGCGGGGCCAAAACAUUAGGACUUCAAUUUUGAUUCAAAUUUUUUGAUGCUAGGCGCUUUUAUUGAGAAUAUCAUGAGUCGUAUUCACUGAAAUUUUCAAGUGCCCAGCUGUAAGGGCGGCUAAGAUAUUGAAGUUUUGAUUUAAGUCAUCAAAGAUUGGCCUAAACAUCGAUUUUCUUCUAAAAUACGGUAAAGGAGUAACUACAGCCUAAAUUUUUUAUGUCAAAUGAAAUAAAAAAUAUUUUAUUGCCUAUUUUAACCGAUUUUUACUUGUAUCUCAUCGAUUUUUCACUAAAAUUCAUUUCUCGAUCUGACGUCUAGUAAUACAAUAUACAGGGUGACCCAAAAAAACGAUCAUCAAGACUUUUCGUAAUAAAAAGUUUGUUUUUCGGUACAAGCACAAAUUUAUGAAUUCAAACGAUAAACAACAAACCUGGUGAUCAAGUACUAAGCUAGUUUCAAAGCAGCAGCACUUGGCGGCGAUAUAGAGCGCCAAACGUAACUUAAAAUUUUGGGCUCGGGGCCGCAGCUUUUUUCGGGGAAAUCGUUCCCGUUCUCAGCGCAGCGAUCACUCAGUGACUCCAAACUUUUGUGACGUGUAGUACAGGUACUGCCCUCCAAUUGAAAAAAAAAUUAUAGUUCAUCGUUCUCAGAUCCGGCGAGCAGGCGCACUUUUCGCAGAGUGGGUCAAAUCGGAAAAAUCGGUCCCAUUACUGGUCUUGAGUCGCUUUUGCCUUGUGAGCCAGCGCUGAGUCUAGUUGAAACGCCAAAUUUGCAUCGCCAAGGUUCUUCUAAGUCAACGGAAGCACGACGAGAUGGAGAUUAACGCAGAGCUAGAAUUUUGCCCCCUUGAACCACUAAAAGCAUCGAUUCCUUGCCGCUUGCACAAAUUCCGCCACAGAGGGUUACGUUCCGCAUUUUUUCGGGGUUUGACGUUAGCUAAUGUGCUCGGGGCCUCAUUGGACCAGAUCCUGUCGUUCUGGUGGUCGCGCAUCCGCUAAACAUUGAACCGCGAAAGGAAUGUGCUCACACCUCUGAGCUGCGGCCCGACCCUUAAGUUGCAGGCAUCUCUGGCACUAUACGCGCUUGUUGCCGCCCUUGAGGGGUUGACCUUUUUGCAGCUUCUACAGUACGGAGUUGAGCUUAUCUUUGGCUAUUCGGUAGACGAAUCGAUCGCUGAUACCGUUCUUGCGGGCGAUUUUUUCUCGAAAUUCGCGGAUUUUGUUGUUAAUGAUGCCGCGUCUCGCAGAAGUGUUUGCGGUGCGUUUUCUUUCACUUUCUGGACGCUGACUAUUGUUGCCAAGCUACUUGUAUCGUGUGAUUGUUUCCGACACAGCGUCCUUUCCACAUCUAGCAAAUUAACAAGUUUCCUUUUGUCGAAACGGUCCGAAAAUCGCAGUCCCUUUCUUUUGACAUUUAAAAAAACAUGUCAAUCUAUCGAUAUGGACAUGAAAAGGGAAGUACUAGGACAGAAAAACACGGAGAAUUUAAUAGUGCAAUAAUUAUUUCCCUGAAUCUAAAAAUUUUCGCGUUAGGACACAAACAAAUUUGAUGAUCGUUUUUUUGGGUCACCCUGUAAUUUACGUUCAAAAAAUCAGUUUAGUCAUCAAAUUUCAGUUCGCCAUCAAACCGAAAUCAUGUCGCUGAUUGACAAUGAGCUGGUUUCCAAGGGCAUCCUGUUCCGCAGCUUCAACAUUGACGUUGAAUCGACGAAUUUGGAUCCCAAUUCCAUCUUUAUGAUUGACACCCGCACCAACCCGCAGGGCUCAAAUAUUUUGAGUCUGCAUCUUCGCGAAACUCAGUCCGUGGUGAACACGGUGCGACCCUGUCGUCCGCUGACCAUUGAGCAGCGAUUGGCGGGGCUGACCUACGAAAAGAGAUUCCAUCUCCGAUACAUGAUAUUGCACAGUAAGUUUUGAGGUAAAAUACGUCGGAGAGUCAUCGGAUGUUAUUUUUUAUUUCUCAAUAGACUCUCUACUUCCAUUUAGAAUCCAAAUCUUCUCAAUUUUGCUCAAAACGAUCGAGUUAUAGGCCAAAACGUAAAAUUUAUGGACAAAAAACGUCAAAUCUUAUAAAAACAUUGCACUGUAGAUUUUACUGUACUACCUUGCAAAAACUGAUAAAAAAUUGUAAUGUGCAUAUCUCUUAGACCCCCAAGUACUAUUCUAAAUCAAAAAAUUUUCAAUUUUCGCCAAAACGAUUGAUUUAUGGACAAAAACGUUAAAAUUUAUGAAAAUCGAUUUUUUAUGGAUAAAAACGUAAAUUUUUCCGAUAAAAUUGUGGUAAAUUGAAUUUACAGAGUAAUGGGCUAAAGAAACAGAAAAUUUUUUUGUGAACUCAGCAAUUUUUUCGUCGAAAUUUCAAUUUUUUCGAAAAAACCAAUGACUUUUCAAAUUUUCUCCGAAAAAGAAUAGAAGCAAUCGUAUUGUUCACUUCAAACCCCUAAAUACAAAAUUUUCAGACCCCAGCGAGUUCUACAUCGGGAUGCUGUUCUUUGGGUUGGCGAUAAUCGCGGCAAUUGGGGCAUUAAUCUACCGAAAGUGCCGGAAUCGUCAAAUAAAGUACAAAAAUAUGCCGUAA